AUGCGACUCGCAGCUCCAAGCAACCACGAACGCUGCACCAGACAUGAAGUUCGCAAAACCGGCAAGAAGAAGGUCAAAGCUGUCGUAAGAGCAUUGAAAGGCGUCAACACCACUCCAAAGACUCCGGGACGCCAAUUGCCCGCCAACCUACUCAAUAAUACCUUCACAUCACCUGCGGGCCCUCCACCGCACCCCUCCACGCGUCCUACGCCUCAAGUUUCUACCAACAUAGGCUCCAUUGCAGCUGGUGAUGCCACUGCUGAGCAGAUUGAAGGAGAACAAUUCGAGAGUACACAGAAAAAGGGCAACGCAAGUGAAGAGACGUCACCUAUUACAAUACCAGGAACGGCAUCGAGACUGGGUACGGGUGAUCCUCUGGUACAAGACGAGCGCUGGGAUAGUGGAGAGGUCACGACCUAUGGCAGCUUCAUACCUUCCCCAUCCAGUCGGACGGGGCCAAUUGGCCCUCCGUCGCUCGAGCUGCCAGGCCCAGCUCUACCACCCGAAGAAGAUGCUUUCGCAAAGCACAACAGAGCCUGGCGCAAAGGCCACUUUCCCCAAAACCCUCAUACAACACCACUUUCGCAGCAACUAGCAGCAAAUACUGGCGACGCCUACCAUGUUGGUAAAACGCAAUCAACCGGCAAAUUAGAAUCAUCUCAAUUACUCCCGAAGCACAAAAGAUUCCUCAGACCACAUCGAUCUGUUUCAACACCGCAUCAUGGCUCGUCGGGUCUGCGGCCUCGGUUGCUGCGACGAAUGUUUUCGGCCAGCAAUCCCAACACACCUAACGGUGACGUGCCGCUGGAAGCAUACAAAAUCUACGAUGAAAAGAUGGCGGACUUCUACAGUUUUCUCGACUCGGAGCUCCUGAAAGUGGACGAAUUUUACAAGAUGAAGGAAGCUCACUCGAAUAAGAGGCUGCAGUCUCUGCGAGAUCAGUUACACGAAAUGCGGGAUCGGCGAAUUCAAGAGAUUCGGCAUGAACAAGAAGUCAAGAGGCAGGCAAGAGAACAUCAAGAUCGGGUGGAUAGAGGUCUAUCUGAGGCUGGACAAGAUCCGAGCAAGGCAAACCAAUCGGCAAUGUCAACUGUUGCAAGAUAUUUCCAGCCCAUCGAACGGGCGUUAGGAUUGGGCCCUGCGAGAAUUGGAAAGACUAGCAGAGCAUUACAGAAGCUUGGUUCUCCCUCUGAGCCCCACCCAAGCUACCCACCAGGCUCAAACCGUCCAGAGUCAUGGCGAGAUUUCUCCAGGCGGCCCGAGCGAGACGAUAUACCACACCGAGCAGCAAAGAGAAAGCUCAAGCUGGCCCUCCAAGAGUUCUAUCGAGGUCUUGAACUUCUCAAAUCUUUCGCUCUCCUUAAUCGCACUGCGUUCCGCAAAAUUAACAAGAAAUAUGACAAAGCCGUCAAGGCUCGCCCAACUCAGCGCUACAUGACGGAGAAAGUAAACAAGUCGUGGUUCGUACAGAGUGAGGUACUGGAUCAUCAGCUUGUGGCUGUUGAAGACUUGUAUGCAAGAUAUUUCGAACGUGGCAACCACAAAGUUGCUGUCGGCAAGCUUCGUAGCAAGACCUCCAAGAAUGCAGAUUACACCGGCAGCGUUUUCAGAAAUGGCAUGCUACUUGCAGGUGCGGCGGUGUUUGGCAUACAAGGCAUUGUAUACGCUGGAGAGCAUCUCAACGAUCCUAACUCUAAGAUACGAAUCGAUACAGGCUAUCUCCUCCAGCUACCAUGUCUUCUACUUUUCAUCCUUGGGCUUUGCAUAUGGCUCAACUUUUUCAUGAGUGGAGCGAAUGCGAUGUUUCUUUACUGGCCCGUGAUCCUUAUUGGACUUUCAGCCAUCAUACUCUUCUUACCGGCCCCAAUACUUUAUCACAGAAGUCGGGAGUGGUGGGCAUACUCUAACUUCCGUCUACUGCUUGCGGGGCUGUAUCCGGUCGAGUUUCGAGACUUCUUCCUUGGCGAUAUGUACUGCUCGCAAACCUACAGCAUGGGAGUAGCUGUGUGGGAUCUAGCUAUGGACUGGAGUCUCUGCAACCCCUACGCUGAAUACCCCUUUCUCCGCGACGUCCUCGGCUACAAACGCCCCCAAGUCUACUACCUCGCCAUGAUCAUCGACCCCAUCCUCCGCUUCAACUGGAUCUUCUACGCCAUAUUCGCCAACAACUUCCAACACUCAGCCGUCCUCUCCUUCCUCGUCGCCCUCUCUGAAGUCUGUCGCCGCGGUAUCUGGUCUCUCUUCCGUGUCGAGAACGAACACUGCACGAACGUCGGCCGCUUCCGCGCCUCUCGCGAUGUGCCCCUCCCCUACGAGCUUCCCUCACCUCGCAGCUCCAUCUCGCCUACGGAAGGAGCCAAUAGAACGCCUGAGCAAGAACCAACACCUAUCCAGCGCCGACACACCUACGCCGACAUCGACGGAGCGGGAUCCACGGCGUUAGAAGCUCAGCCUAGCCCGGGGACGGGGACGCCAAGACUGCGACGCCGCGCCACGCUCGCAGAGAGCGAUACCCCAAUUAUUCGCGGUAUUGCAAGAAUAGGCACAGCGAUGAACCAAGCUCAUGCGCAGGAUUUUGAGAAGAAGAGGACGAAUGUGAUGACUACGCCGGGAGGAGUUGAGGGGUUGGAACGAAGCCCGCAUUAUGGCGGGCAGACUGUGGGUGGGGAUGAAAGUAGUGAUGAGGAAGAGGAUGAAGAUGAAUUCGCGAGGAGGGAGGCGGAGGAGAUUGUGGAGGAGGAGAGUGGGAGAGUUGAGAAUGGGGAGGACGAUAGUGGGGCUAUUGAGCACCCCAGAAGAAGUGAGCGGAGGGAGGAGAGGGAGGAACGGCAGCGGGAGGAGGAGGCAAAUGAGCGGGAUAUGUUGGGUGUGCAGGACGUGCUUGAGAGGAGGAGAAGUGCUGUUGACUAA